AUGACCUUUGAUAACAACGUUGCUACCAAGUUUCCUAAGCUUGCGCCCAAGGGCCCUUCUGGUGAACUCUUUUUGGCUAACGAAAGAGCAAAGGGCACUUUUGACGUCAAUGAGCUCGCUAAAUUCAUGUACACUGAAGAGUGGUUGCAAAAGAUGCACAAGGUACUCGAAGUGAUGGAGUCCGAACCUGCUUUUGAUAAAACCAACCGCUAUUAUAUGAGCCGCAAAGACAAAAUCUCCUCUUCCUUAUGGAAAGAUAAGCGUCUUAUAGAGGUUGCAAAGGAGCAAAACUGGGAUGAAACAGAUACUCAAAUUGCCAACUUUUUGUUUGAUCAAUCCAGUCCUUUUACCCUUCAUUACAACAUGUUUAUUCCCACUUUGAGAAAUCAAACCACUGAUGAACAAAAGAAACUCUUCUUGGAACCUGCAUUGAAGCACCGUAUCAUUGGUUGUUAUGCCCAAACUGAGCUUGGUCAUGGAUCCAAUGUUCAGGGCCUUGAAACCACUGCCACUUACAUUCCUGAAACCAACGAAUUCGAACUUCAUUCUCCUACCUUGACUUCUGCCAAGUGGUGGAUUGGUGGUCUUGGUAAGGCUGCCAACCAUGCUAUUGUCAUGGCUCGUUUGAUUACAGACGGUAAGGAUUUGGGGCCUCAUCCCUUCUGUGUCCAAAUUCGUAGCUUAGAAGAUCACACUCCUCUUCCUGGUAUCACUGUGGGCGAUAUUGGACCCAAGUUUGGUUUCAACACUGUUGACAAUGGUUUCAUCAUGUUUGAUCAUUACCGUAUUCCUCAUGUCGCCUUCUUGGCCAAGUAUUCUCAAGUCAAGGCUGGCACUGGUGAAUACUCCAAGCCUCCUAAUGCCAAGUUGUCUUACGGCACCAUGGUCUUUGUUCGUGCCAACAUUGUGUUGGGCGUCCGCUACGCUCUUGCCAAGGCUACCACCAUUGCCAUUCGUUAUUCCGCUGUUCGUCAACAAUUUGUCGAUGCUGCCAACCCUAGAAAGUGGGAUAACAAGGUCAUUGAGACACCUGUUCUCGACUAUACCAUGCAACAAUACCGCCUUUUGCCUGCUGUCGCUGCUGCCUACGCUUGUUUCUUCACUGGCCGUGAAAUGAUGCGUCUUUACAACUUGAAUCAAGAAGCUAUGCAACAAGGCAACUAUUCCCUCUUGGCCGAUCUCCACGCCAGUUCCUCUGGUCUCAAGAGUUUGACUACCACCAUGGCCAUUGAUGCUAUUGAGGAUUGCAGACGUGCCUGUGGUGGUCAUGGCUACAGUAUGUUCUCUGGUUUGGGUCAAUUCUAUCAAGAUUAUCUCCCCAAUGUCACUUGGGAAGGCGAUAAUUACAUCCUUACUCAACAAACUGCUCGUUACUUGCUCAAGACUUUCCGUAAUGUUGUUGCUGGCAAGGCUGAGCCCUCUGAAUACAACCAAACUAUCACCUACUUGACUCAGUUCUUGGAGAACCCCAAGGCCAAGUGUCCCGCUACAAAGCCUGAAGACUUCUUGAACCCUGAAAUGAUUCUGUCUGCUUUUGGUUUCCGCGCUGCUUUUGGCAUCGCUCAAGUUGCUGAGCAAAUUGAUCGUCAUGGCCGUUCUUGGAACUCCAUGUUGGUUGAAAUCAGUCGUAUUUCCAAGGCUCACAGUCAGUUCAUGUUGAUCCGUAACUUUAUUGUUACUCUCCAAAACGACGAACAACUGACCAAGCCCGAAAACCGCUCCAUGGUCAAGGUCCUUCGUUUGCUUGCUUCUCUCUUUGCCCUUCACACUAUGGAGAAGGAGCUGUCUGAAUUCCUUGUCUCUGGAUAUUUGAGCGCUGAUCAAUCCGCCAUGUUGAAGGAACAAGUGAUUGCCCUUUUGGAACAGAUCCGCCCUGAGGCUGUUUCCUUAGUCGAUGCUUUUGCUUUGCCUGAUUACUUUUUACACUCUGCUUUGGGUCGUUAUGACGGCAAGGUCUAUGAGUCUAUGACUGAAAUGGCUGAAAGAGAGCCAUUGAACCACACUUUGGUUGUUGAUGGUUACGAUGAGUGUAUCAAGCCCUUCGUGGUCAAGGGAACAAAGAAAUUGGAAGGCUCCACUCAACCUGCCAAGCUGUAA